GUAAUUCUUCGUCUUCUUCCACUUUUGUCUUUGAGCCGUCGAACAAAAACAAGUAGUCUGAAGACAAACUACACAAAACCCUUGAGGAAAUAAAACUGCAAAAUUGAAAUUAGGGUUUAUACUUUAAAGCAGUCACCAAAUCCAGCCACCAUCUCUUGCUGAAGCCAUGGGACGCUCUCGAGUUCAAGUUAACAAAGCUCACAAGACUCGUUUCUCCUCUAAAUCUUCUCGUAAUCUCCAUAGAACCAACCUUCAAGAUAGUGGCCGGAUUGGGAAAUCGGAUAGUAACUAUGUUAAAGGAGCUAAAGCUGCUCGUGUUCAACGUGGUAAGAUGCUUAGAGAGCAGAAGAGAGCAGCAGUUUUGAAGGAGAAGAGAGCAUCAGGAGGAAUUAACAGUGCUCCUCGUGUUAUCGUUUUGUUUCCUCUCUCUGCUUCUGUGGAAUUGAAUUCACUUGGUGAAGAUGUUUUGAAGUUGUUAUCUUCUGAUGGUUCUGGAAUUGCUUCUUCGACAGUUGCAUCUUCUGAGUAUAAGCUACGAGCAACUGUGUUAAAGGCGCCUCAUGGGGAUCUUCUGACAUGUAUGGAAAUGGCCAAGGUUGCUGAUUUGAUGGCUUUUGUUGCAUCUGCAAGUGCUCCGUGGGAAGAGAAUAGCUCUAACUUCAUAGAUUCUUUCGGAAGUCAGUGUCUUUCUGUGUUUAGAUCAAUUGGUCUACCAAGCACUACUGUGUUGAUCCGUGAUUUGCCCAGUGAUGUGAAAAAGAAAAAUGAGAUGAAAAAGAUGUGUGCCUCUCAACUUGCUUCUGAAUUUCCUGAGGAUUGUAAGUUUUAUCCAGCAGAUACCAGAGAUGAGUUGCAUAAGUUUAUGUGGUUAUUCAAGGCGCAAAGGCUUACUGUGCCUCACUGGCGAAGUCAACGAUCAUACAUUGUGGCUCGCAAGGCUGGGAUGCUGGUGGAUGAUGAAAGCUCAGGAAAGUGCACUCUACUUCUCUCUGGUUACUUGCGUGCUCGCAAACUGUCUGUAAAUCAACUGGUCCAUGUUUCUGGCGUUGGGGAUUUUCAAUUCUCCAAAAUUGAAGUGCUGAAGGAUCCAUUUCCUUUGAAUGAAAGGAAAAAUCAGAAUUCCAUGGAAUUAGAUGAUUCACAUGAUGAAGAGGUAUUGAAGUCUCUGGUUCCUGAUCCCAUGAAACAAGAGCCUUUAGUAAUUGAAAACACUCCAGAUCCUUUAGCAGGGGAACAGACAUGGCCAACAGAGGAAGAAAUGGCUGAGGCUGACAAAAAUCAGAAGCAGGGCAGGCUAAAGAAGAAGACUUUGCCGCGAGGGACUUCAGAAUAUCAGGCUGCUUGGAUUGUGGAUGAAACAGAUGAAGAGGAUUCCGAUAAUGGUGAUUCUGAUGAUAAUGGUAUGGUAUUGGAUAGAGGAGAGGAUUCCAAUCAAGAAGGAAUGUAUGACCAAGAAUUUGAGGAUGACGGAAAAUCAUUGAACCUGCGGGAUAUUGAUACUGAAACUCAGAAUGAAUCCGAAAUGGUGGACGAUGAAGACUUGACAGAAGAACAAAUUAAGGAUGAAAUCAAGAAAAUCAAAGAGGCAUAUGCUGAUGACGAAGAAUUUCCAGAUGAAGUAGAGACUCCCAUUGAUGUUCCUGCAAGAAGACGUUUUGCAAAGUACAGGGGUCUUAAAUCCUUCAGAACCUCCUCGUGGGAUCCAAAUGAGUCUUUACCUCAGGACUAUGCUAGAAUUUUUGCUUUUGAUAAUGUCGCAAGGACUCAAAAGCUUGUGCUCAAGCAAGCCCUGAAGAUGGAAGAAGAAGACAGAGAUGAUUGUGUACCAAUUGGGUCAUAUGUACGGCUGCAUAUUAAAGAAGUGCCUCUUGGUGCUGCCUCUAAACUAUCUUCUCUUGUGAACACAACGAAACCAAUUAUAGGAUUUGGGCUUCUGCAGCAUGAAUCCAAGAUGUCGGUUCUGCAUUUUAGCGUAAAGAAGUAUGAUGGUUACGAAGCUCCUAUUAAAACAAAAGAAGAGCUAAUGUUCCAUGUUGGUUUCCGUCAAUUCAUUGCAAGGCCGGUAUUUGCGACCGACAAUUUCAGCUCAGACAAGCACAAGAUGGAGAGAUUCCUGCAUCCAGGGUGUUUCUCGUUGGCUUCAAUAUACGGCCCCAUAUCUUUCCCACCCCUUCCUUUGGUAGUUCUGAAGAUUUCUGAAGGGUCGGAUCCUCCUGCCAUUGCUGCCCUUGGUUCCUUGAAAAGCGUAGAACCCAACAAAAUAAUCUUAAAGAAGAUAAUAUUAACUGGGUACCCUCAGAGAGUAUCGAAAAUGAAAGCUUCAGUCAGAUAUAUGUUCCACAACCCCGAAGACGUGAAAUGGUUCAAGCCUGUUGAAGUAUGGUCAAAAUGCGGGCGUCGUGGUCGCGUGAAGGAACCAGUAGGCACACAUGGGGCAAUGAAAUGCAUAUUCAAUGGAGUGGUUCAACAACAUGACGUAGUGUGCAUGAACUUGUACAAGCGCGCUUAUCCCAAGUGGCCUGAACGUCUGUACCCACAGCUUCUCUGAUUCGAAUUUUUUAAAUGAAGAUGAUGAUGUUCAAGUUUCUCUGAAUUGACGACAUUCUUCUUUGGUAAUUUAUGGUGGUGGUUUAGUGGAAGUCCUCCAGUUUUGUCCUGUAUGUGAUAAAAAUAUGCAAAUUUUCUUCUUUAUUGCUCACUAUACAUAUACAUUUGGAAUAUGGGGUUGAACCAUUGAUAAGCUUAAUUGUUAUGAGAAAAAUACUUAAAUAGAUUGAGCUUGUUCUUAUUAAAGACAUUGCUUGCUUGCUCACAAUAAGCUACCUAUAUUUGAUUAAUCUGCCUCAUAUAUGGGAAUAUCGUCUUUUUCAUAGCCCGAC